AUGCCUGAAGAGAAAAAGUUGAACAAGCCUCUACUUAACAUGAGUGACCAUGAUGGGGAAGCUAAGGAAUAUACUAAUAAGGAAAAAGAACACAGUAGUACUUUGGGUGUGUCGUCAAAAUAUCAUGUAAGUCAUCACGAUAUGAAAAAUUUAAUGAAAAGGAAUGAAAAGAAAAUAAAAAGUGAAAAUGUAUAUAUAGACUACCUCAGGUCUAGGUUUAAAAGAAAUGAGAGCUCGGAAAUUUCCAAGUAUAGUAGUGCAUUAGAUGAAAACGGAAGAGAAUACAAGGAAUACAAAGAAUUUAAAGAUUCCAAUGAAUCCUAUGUUAAUAGAAAAAUGUUUCCCUAUAAGAUGGGAUACAAAGGAGAAGACGUAAGUAAAGAAACAGAGGAGUAUUCAAAAAGUGACGAUUUUAAGGUUCGCAUUAAAUGCUUUAAUAAAUAUUUAAAGCAUUAUGUUCAUAAAAUAAGUAAUGGGGAAACCGUGCAAUAUUCUUUGCAAACACAUGAAUUAUUAAAAAUAGUUCAUCAAAUAAAGGGAGAAAAUACGCCUACAAAUUCUAGUGGUCUAGCUCAAUAUAGAGAUAUAAGACAAUUGCUCUCAAGUAAUAGUAACACAAGAUUUGAUAUAUCACCAAAAAGAAAUUGUGUAUUAAUUAAUUUGCCAUAUAGAAAAUGUAUAAUAUUUAAAGACUUCUUAUUAUAUAUUCCUACCUUUACAAAUAGCCCAGUACCUGAAAUAGCUGAAAAGGAAGAAAGAAUGUGUAAAUAUUUUAUUGAAAAUGCAAAAGUUAUUUCUUUAAUAAAAGAUUCAUUACCCUUUGAAAUAUUAAUUUUAGAAGCUAUUUUUGUUGAUAUAUGUGAAGAAUUAAAAAAUGAAAUUGAACCCGUAAUAUGUGAAGCAGAAAAAUUAUUCGAGAUAAUAAGCAAUAAUUUAAGUAUAUACAAAUGCAUAAACAAAUUGACAGAGAUGAGAAGAAAGUUAAAAAUAAUUGAUGAAAAGGUACAAAGUGUUUAUAAAGCUUUACAUACAGUUUUAAAUAAUGAUGAAGAUGUAAGAAGGUUGGAAGUGUCUUAUUUUGGAGAUAAACCAGAAUUAUGGGAAAAAUGUGACCCAACACCAAAUAAUGAGGACACUGAAAUGUUACUAGAAUAUUAUUGUCAUGAAAUUGAUGAGUUUUUAAAAAUUAUUCAUAGAACGUAUCAAUCAUUAGAUGACGUCUUACAAAUGGUAGAACUGAAUUUAGAUGAUGCAAGGAAUAAUGUUUUAAAAUUAGAAUUAGGGUUGAAGAUAUAUGGUAUAAUUAUAACUGUUGUAGGUACUGUAGCAGCUAUUUUUGGAAUGAAUUUAAAAAAUGGAUUUGAAAGUGAUCAAUAUGUUUUCUGGACCCUUGCAUUCUCUCUAAUGCUUAUAAUACUAUUCUGUUUAUUUUAUGUCAUUGUAUCUUUCAAGAAGGUGAACAUCUAA